CUUUUUUUUCCACCAGUGUGCGUCUCACUAUGGCGAAGGAAUAAACAAAUAGAGCUAAAUUAGUAGGAAAACAGCAGUAACUGUGAACACACCUCUCCGUUAGUGACUAACACCAGUUUAUAAUGGUCCGGUGACUACUGGUGGAGAAUUUCAGAGGGGUGUGCUUUGGUGUUUUUGUGUGCGGUCGAGAAACAGAUGCUGUCAGAGCGGAUAGCGAUGAAAAGAGCGAAAAUAGUUUGCUUGUCCACACUGAACACCUCAGUUGGAGAAGCCGGUGAUACGGGCUGGCCGUCGCUGAACGCCCUGUCCUUUCUUGUCCUUUUAACGGUCAUUUUUGACUAAAACUGUACACCCGCUACCGUUAGCUUAUUAAAACAGCAGUGUUUUGUUUUUAAAUGUACAUUCGGUGAGCUUUAUUUCGCAUUUUUCGGUGCUUAAAUCGUCGUAUAAGAUGUUGACAGGAUCCAAAACCACGUUCAAAGUGAGACAAAUGCUCCCUGAUAUUAAGGAGAGGAUGCUGAGUCAAAGUGGAGUGAACACAAGAAAUCGAGAUGUGUUUGGGCUGCGAUGUCUACCAGGUGAGUGUGUACUUCAGAGAGCUGUAAUGGUGAGAAAAAAGCUAACUGCCAGAGAAGGAAGAGGCUGGCUUUCUGGAACGCUCUUCUGUACCCACUUCAGAGUGGCUUUUGUACCUCAGGACAGCCCCAAACCUGAUGAAAAUGCAGAUCCAAUUCUUCUAGGAGAUCAUGAUGUUGCUUUGGCAUCAAUAGAGAAGGUUGUUGUUGUGGGUCCGAACAGAACCAAGCUGGUGACGCCGAACUCGUCGUUGAAGUUCACACCAGAGGAGCUGGUGCUUUACUGCAGGGACAUGCGAGUCGUCUGCUUCCUGUUUGACCGCCUCACUCCAGACACACAAGUCAUCGAGAUAACCUACACCAUCGCCAAGACCUACCAGCCUCUCAAACCGGGAUCAGUUUUAUCUUUCCAGAAUGCUGCCCUCGGGAGUGUAGAAAUGAAGCAGUUCCUAAGCAACCGCCGCCGAGACGCCCACAUGAACUGGUUUGAAUCAGCCUCAGACUGGGAGCAAGAGUUGGAAAGAUGUGGAGCCACCAGCUGGAGAGUCAGCUCAGUCAACGACCGCUUUGAAAUGUCAACCAGUCUGUCGAGGUUCAUCGUGGUUCCACAGAAGGUUUUGGACACAGAACUGAAAAAAAGUUUUGCCCACUUCAAUGAAGGACGCAUCCCUCGUUGGUGCUGGCGACAUCCCAGAGGCAGCGAUCUACUGCGCAUGUCCAGCUUCCAGAACAACAUCUACCACGAGAAAGACGACAUCAGGAACCUGGAGAUGGUCCUGUUUGGUUGCCAGUCCUCAUUGUGUGUGGUGGUGGAGCUGGGCGAGGAGCUGCCAUCGCCUGCCGACAUCCAGCUGGCACACGGCCGCCUGCGCACCCUUUGUCUGGGAGAUAUCUCUACUUCUGUGUCUGUGCCUGAUGACAAGUGGUUAUCUACUCUGGAAAGCACCCACUGGCUAGACUACAUCAGGUCGUGUCUGAGGAAAGCUUCAGAGGUGGCAUGUUUGCUUCGCAGCGGUCACCUGACUGUGGCACUUCAAGAACCAGAGGAUCGGGACAUGAGCUGCGUGGUGUCCAGCCUGGUACAGGUGAUGUGUGACCCGCACUGUCGGACCCAGCAUGGUUUCCAGAGCCUGGUGCAGAAGGAGUGGGUGAUGGCCGGCCAUCGCUUCUACAGCCGCAUCAACUAUCACCGUGACAACGACAAGGACGAGGCUCCAGUCUUCCUGCUCUUCCUGAACUGUGUUUGGCAGCUCUGGUUCCAGUUUCCCUCUCGCUUUGAGCUGACGGAUGACUUCCUGUUGGCCUUGCACGACAGCAUCCACCUGCCGCUCUUCUCCACCUUUCUGGCAAACUGUCAGCGGGAGAGAUGUAAACGUUCCCAGAAUCUUGGCCAGUCCUACACCCCUGUCAACGGCUGGAGAGAUGUGCUGCAUUCGGACUCUUCCUCAGACUCAUCUGAUCCUCCUCUGCCGUCGGUGUGGGACUGGGACUUGCAGUACAGCAAAGAAAAACAAGAUGGUUUCACUCAACCCGUCCCUCCGACUGCCCCUCUCCAGCCACUGCUGAACGGCAACCUCAACACCAACCCAGACACACACAAGCUGGCUGACACCAUCCCUGGCUCGGUGUUCCUGCUCUCCAGAGGAAACUUCACCUGCCCCUCAAACCUGCCUCCGUGGCGCAGCAGCAGCUCAGGCGUUUACAAAAGGAGCCACAGGAGGGCGGCGUCUUCCGAGAAUGUUCCCGGCCUGGAGAGGCUGCUGAAAGCGUGGUCCCUGACAGAGUUUCCCCAGAGCCUCACCUCCACCUUUGGACCCCGGGGACCUCUCGACCCCUACGAGCCCUUACUGCCCCUCCUUAUGGGGCCAUGCAUGGGCUUGUGGAGGGAGUGCUACCUCCGGGGGGCGCUCCAUGCUCAGGCCUUCUCCCAUCCCAUCUCCUCCAACCACCCCCACCCUGUGGACCGGCUUGCUCAGGAGGUUCAGCAGCUCAAAGACAAAUUAUCCCAGCUCUCCAUCUGUAUUGAUCCCAACACCCCCACCAUGACGCCUGGGCCCCGGCAAACCGACACCAACCUGAACCAGAACACCAACAACGGCACCUUCCUCUUCCCAGCGUCGAGGCCUCAAUCAACAGCCGUGUCCAGAGCAGCACCCCCUCCUACCUCCACCAACCACCAGACCUCCAGGGGCCCUCAUCCUGCCUCGGCCCCGCCGUCCAGGCCUGGGAACAAAGACUUGGGUUGCAGCAACAAGCACACGUUUCUGUUCGGGCAUUCAGUAACAGAAGCUCGCCCAGACCCACGAUACUACCCACCGCCCAGCAACACCAAGCUGCCCAAGAGCAACGGGCCUUCACUGGCCUCCUGAGAUCCGCCCCCUCUUUACCACAGGGUACAUCAACCAAGUCCCCUCCCUGAGGCAUCAUGAGCUGAAGAGACCCAGAUGUGUGAUAAAUAUGAGACACUGGGGUGAACUCGAUUAGGAUGAAUGAAUCAGUUCCGGAGCUUCUGACUCUGCUUCUUACUGUCUGUAUUUUAUAAAAUGUGACAACAAAUCCUGGAAUCAUUUUGCUCUCAAGUAUAAAGAACUAAAGGUGAAGGCUGCAGAUGGUCAAAGAAGGGAUUGUAGUGUGUGUGUAUGUAUGUGUGUGUAUAUAUA